AAUAGUUCUACUGUGUCAAAAUCUUUUGUCUACCCUUAGUCUAUUCUGAUGUUUUAGGAUAGAUAUUCCUCUAGCUUAUUGUUACUUACCCAAAGUGUCAUUUGAUCUAACUCUCACAUCUCAUUAGUUGGUGGGAGCUCUUUUGUAAUACAGUAAAAUAUUCAAGGCUGGAAUAGAAGUAUUUUUGCUGUACAUGCUAGCAAAUUGGAAAUUCACCCUUUUUUUCUUCUCUAUACGAACUGCAUUGAUGACUGUUAUGCUUCAUAUGCAUGCCUUAGCAGUAACGACUUAAGGGCGUUAGCAGUAAAGACUUGAUAAGGAGAUUCAGUAGAAACAAAGUUUGUUUUUUGAUCACUCUCUUCUUCGAUCUGUGGUACUUUUUUCUUUUGAUUGGUCCCCUAUGGAGCUUGUUUGGUGUAGAAUAGAACAAUCUUAAAGUGUCCAAAGCAUGUGUGGGUUCAUAUAGGUUGUAAUACACUUUUGAUACAAAAUCUCUGUUUUAACAGCACGCAUAGCUUAGGCAGUUGACUACAUUGAUGAAAUAAAGCUGGACUUAGAUUGAGUCAAUAUAGUUGAAACUGAUCAGCUGCAAGAUAUUUUCUUAUGACUUCUGCCUAUAAUUUGUCUCUUGAAAAAUGUGCAAACGAGUCGCAAGGAGCAAGGAGCAUCAGCAAGUGAGACAAACUACUUUGCCACUCAGGAAUGUCGACAAACAAUGACAAUUCGUUGCAUGGACCUCAAAACACUAAGGAACAAAGGCAUGCCAAUAGAAAUUUGCGACGUCGUACUAGAUAUGCACAAAUUUCACCUGAAAGAAAACAACUAGUUCUAUCGCGACGUCGUAUUAGAUAUGCACAAUCAAAAAGGCAUUCCAAUAAUGCAUUAUCUUCGUCACAAGUUGAUAGUCAAGAUGGAAACCAAAGUGUACUUCAAACUUCUGAUCCCUCGUUAGCUAGAAAUGAAGGACAUGUUUCUGCGGCUACAAAAACAACUGAUUGCACCUCUAUCUCCGAAGUAGGAUCAACAUCAAGUUGCUGUGAUGCGGCAGAAAACUUUUCAUCUCCAGUGGUUACUUCAAAUAGAGCUGGUAUUCAAGAUAGUGUGGCAUCACUACAAUCAUCAUUUCAUCAGUCCGAAGCAUCAAUUGAAGCUGAAGGAUGUCAGCAAAGUCGGUUAGGCCAAGCCAAUAGGUCACCAGAUAUGCAACCACAGUCAGGAUUAACUUCAGAAGUGAAUACGGAAACUGAAGAAAUUCCACCUCAUAGUGUUAAAGCAAAGAGUGGUGAAGGUCUUCCUUCUCAUGCUACUGACAUUCAAGGGACAAGUGAUAAUCCUUCGAUACAAGAAGAACCGUGCACAACUACUGGUGCUCGGUGUGAUCACAAAGCAAAGAAUAUUGCUGAUCUAAUUAAUCAGCCAACAUGUAUUGAUGUCAAUUUCGUUCAACAAGUAGCGGUUGCAUUUGAGGAAGUAAAAGCAAACCAAGAAGAAAGCACAAGAUUGGCGAAAGAAUCAAUUUGCAUAAACCCAAGUCUUGAACCAACCUUUCUAGCAAUUGUCAAAAAACACGGAGACAUUACAAAUGAUUGUCCGCUUGAGUCACGUUACAUGCUGACUUCUAUUCUAGAAGCUAUAUGUAAGAUUGUCCAAGAACUCCAAAAGAAACAUUUGACUGAAGUCGAUUGUAAUCUCUUGAACUCCUAUUGCUCUAUAGUUAGGGAUGCUGAGAAAAUAAAGGUGAAUGUCAACUGGUUAAGAAUUCGGCUUGAUGAGAUUAAAGAUGGGGUAAAUUCUAUUGUUGAGACAAAAAAGCUCAAUGAUAAGAAGAAUAGGCUCGCGGAACAGAUUGAAAAUGAGAAGAAGGAUCUGGAAUUGAUGAAAGCUGAAUUGGAGAAACUCAAGUCUGAAAUUGAAAGAAAGGAAAAUUUGCUCGACUCGGAUACGUUGUUGAUUGAAGAUAUAAGCAGUUUGAUUAAUGAUCAGGCACUCAGAAUUCAGCACUUCGAAAACAUGCCUUUGAUGGAGGCAUUUCAAGAGUUUUAAAUUUUCUAUCUGUCUCUAUGUCCAUGCUGGUGUUUUAGGUUGGAUCUUCUUGGAUCAGAUAUCUUACUAGAUCCAAUUUUCACACCUCAUUAGUUGGUGGGAGAUUUGUAUAGGAUAGAGUAAAAUAUUAAGAGUGGAAACAUAAAAUAUUUUGGUUCCAUAUGUUUGCAGAUAGGAAACUUAGCAAAGUUAGUAAAGACGAAGUUUCUGUUUUUGAUCACUAACUUCUAUGAUCUAUCUAUGAAACUUGUUGGGCAUAGCAAAGUUUCAGUCGUCCAAACCAUGUGUGGAUUCACAUAGGUUGUGUAAUGUACACUUUGAAACUCUCUCUUUGAAUAGCGUCUACUAAUUACGGGAGUCUUACAUAAUUAUUUAGGUGGAAUAAAAAAACUAUUAGCAUGCCAAUUUAUAAAAUUUUGCCCAUUAAAGAAUUAUGUAGUGCAAUAAAUU